AUGUCAGGAUCUAGCUACUACCAGCGUCCCGCUCCGAGCUACUCUCAAUAUUCCACGUCUGCAAACACCGGCGGGCAGAGACGCGAUACACCUGCCAAUCAAACGUCAUAUACUACCACAAGCUACUCACGCUCAUCCGACCCGAUGGACAGAUUCUGGGUCACGGGCCAGUCGUCGGCUAGGCCCAAUCGUGUAGCUGGACAGAUGGAGCAAUGGGAUAGGCAAUGGAGUUCGGCAAGUCGUCGCUAA